AUAUACCAAAAGAAGAAGGAAAUCAUGCUAUCAUAACAUAGCAUGAGUGUACGCUGCUAUCAGUUAUUCAGGUUCUUUACUGGGUAAUUCUGUUCUGUUUUAUGUAAAAUGCCGCCAAAAGGGAAAGGUGGUAAGGGUGGUAAAGGAGCUGCUGCAGGAAGUGCAGAUGCCGAAAAGAAAGAUAAGGCUCCCAAGGGUGGUACUUCUGUGAAGGUUCGACAUAUCCUCUGUGAAAAACAUGGAAAAUGCAUGGAGGCCAUGGAGAAACUGAAGGCCGGUGUCCGCUUCAGUGAAGUAGCAUCACAGUACAGUGAAGACAAAGCCAGACAAGGAGGUGACCUGGGCUGGAUGACUCGAGGAUCAAUGGUCGGACCUUUCCAGGAGGCGGCGUUUGCGUUACCCAUCAGUUCAAUGGACAAACCGGUUUAUACAGACCCUCCUGUCAAGACAAAGUUUGGGUAUCACAUCAUUAUGGUUGAGGGGAAAAAGUAAAAUUAGCCUCUCUCUCUAUGAGAUUGGACAAAACAGUGAUAUGUGCAAAAGCCAAAAGGACCAGACAAACAUAUGAUUGAAACUUGCGCAGCAAUUUUGUGAACUACUUCAACAAGAUUGGCUUUUGGAAUUUUCUGGAUUUUUCUUUGCAGUUUAAGGUGUUUCGUUGAAUUCCAAUAAUAAAAUAAAGACGUUCCAAAUAAA